GGGCGGCAGGACGUCAGGUGCGGGGGAAGCUCUCGAGAUCAGUUCUCGUGAUGUUCUUAUCGUAGCGUUUGGGUUUAGCUUUUACCCCGGUAGCAGAAUAACAUUGUAAUGGUUUUAAAGCACGGAAGUCUGAAUGUGUUGUCAGUGAUAUGGCUAAUAUUUUAGCGCUUCCGCAAGGAAACCGGCGGCAAAAUGGUGACAGUGUCUCCUAGGGAAGUUUUGGCCGGAAGUGAAGGAUGUCAAACUUGGGACAAUUUGACUCUGAUUUUUACCAAUCUAAUUAUACCAUUGAGAAUCAGGAGCAGAGUUGUAAUGACUCCAAUGCCUAUGGAAAUCUUUAUGGAUCCAGAGAAACUUGGAAUUAAUUUUGAUCACAUAUGGCAAAAAACCUUGACAGUGUUAAACCCACUGAAGCCAGCAGAUGGCAGCAUUAUGAAUGAAACCGACCUGGCUGGGCCCAUCCUGUUCUGUGUGGCGCUGGGAGCCACCCUGCUUCUGGCAGGAAAAGUUCAGUUUGGUUACAUAUAUGGCAUGAGUGCCAUCGGCUGCCUAGGGAUUUAUGCCUUACUCAACUUGAUGAGCUCUUCAGGGGUGUCCUAUGGCUGCGUGGCGAGUGUGCUGGGUUACUGCCUGCUCCCCAUGGUCAUCCUGUCCUGCAGCGCCGUCUUCUUUUCACUGCAGGGCACAAUCGGUACUGUGCUGGCACUGGUCAUCAUUGUCUGGUGUAGUCUCUCAGCUUCCAAAAUCUUCAUUUCUGCCUUGGACAUGGAAGGACAACAGCUUCUCGUUGCCUACCCAUGUGCCUUACUUUAUGGACUUUUUGCCCUCUUAACAGUUUUCUGAAGAGUAUUUGAGAUGGCAUUACAAGAUUCUAUUUAUUUGCUGUUCAGAUUAUUCUGGAAAUGUGCUAGCUUUCAAAUUUGGUAAUACGCUUUAUUGCUAUUAAGAGAUUAAUAAGCAGAAAAACCAAAGUCACUUACAGAUGAUGCUCUAAUAGCAUGUGUGGUUUGAAUGAUGUUCUGCGUCUCAGUUUGAUGCAUUAAAACAUUUAAGCAUACUUUAAAAUAAAAGGGAUAAAGUUGUUGUACUGAUGGAUCCUGCUUUUCUUGAUAAAUGCAUUUCUGAGAAAUUGUAAGUAAAUAAAAUCACAU